AUGGAUAAUCGUUUUAACAACGACAAAGGUCCUCCCAGUUUUAGAAUUCAAGGUCAAUCAUGCCACAAGAUUGGAAGCAUGUUACCAAUGCCAAGGCACACUCAAAAGUUUGUGCAACUGUAUAUAUAUGAUACGGGGAACGAAAUACAAAAUAGAGUUCACAGAUUCAGGAGGAAGAACAAAUCAUUUGAUGUUCAAAAUCCCAAUACCAACAUUAGAUUCAUCUACGUGUAUUAUAGAGAAAAAAGUGAUCGUGCAGAGCUUCUAAAACUUGCCAAGUUAAUAAUUUGGGACGAAGCUCCAUUGCCUCACAAAUAUUGUUUUGAAGCAUUGGAUAAAACACUCCAAUAUAUUAUGACAUGGUCCAAAUCUUCAAAGACAAUAUUUAGAGGAAAGGUUGUCGUCUUUGGUGGUGAUUUUCGACAAAUUUUACCUGUUCUCCCAAGGGGAAGUCCUUCUGAUAUAAUUUAUGCCACUAUUAAUUCAUCAUACAUAUGGGAUCAUUGCAAGGUUCUAAGGCUUACAAAUAUCAUGAGACUUCAUCAAUCCAACAUAAAAUCAAGUGAUUAUGAAUUAGAACAGUUUUCAGAUUGGAUAUUAAAAGUUGGAGACGCAAAAUUAGCUGAACAUAAGGAUAGCUAUGCAAAUAUUACCAUUCCUUCACAGUUUUCAAUCACUGGAUUUGACAAUCCCAUCCAGUCCAUUGUUGAGUACAAAUAUCCAAACUUUAAAGGAAAUUUUCAGAAUGAACAUUUUCUUCAUUGUAGAGCAAUUUUAGUAAGAACUAUUGAGAUAGUGGAUGUUAUCAAGAAAUAUGUUUCGUUUUUAAUUCUAGGAGAAGAGAAGGAGUAUUUAAGCGCGGAUACAGUUAAUAAAUGUGAUGGUAACGGAAAUGAAGCUUUUGAUGUUUUGACCAUGGAAUUUCUCAACACACUUACAACUUCAGGCCUUCCUAAUCACUAA